CUGUUGGCGCAUGAUGAUGACAACAUAGAUGUCAUAUGUGGUUUAUCCCGAGCUAACAUGCUUCUGUUAGAGCUGUGAACUUGAAAUUUCAGUCAUGGCUAUGCACCGCCUCAGUCUGCUGCGGCCUCUGCUCUGUCAGUCCCUGGUGGUCCGGUCUCCCCUCAUGGUCACCUCCAGGGUCAGUGCACCACUUCUGUACCGCAACACCCCCACCUCCUACCCUGCUGCAUGCACCAGGCUCUAUGCCACCAAGAAGGCAAAAGCCAAGGCAAAAGGCCAGUCAGCUAAAGUGAAUAUUAAUUCAGCUCUGGUGGAAGACAUCAUCAGUCUGGAUGAAUUGCAGGGGGAGAUGACCGCUGUUCUCAAUGCGCUCAAAGAUGACUUCACACGCAACCUCAGCAUCCGAACCCAGUCAGGAGCUCUGGAUCACAUUGUGGUGACGACACAAGAUGGCAAGUUCCCUCUCAACCAGCUGGGACAGGUCUCCAUGAAAUCCCCUCAGCUCAUUAUGGUCAACAUGAGCAGCUUUCCAGAGGCUACAGCUGCCGCUGCCCGUGCCCUGAGAGAGAGUAGCAUGAACCUUAACCCAGAGGUGGACGGGACAAUCAUCAAGGUGCCCGUUCCCAAAGUUACACGAGAACACAGGGAGAACCUCACCAAGCUGGCAAAACAGUUUGGUAACAAGGCUAAAGACUCACUGAGGAAGGUGCGAUCUAACGCUGUCACACAAGUCAAAAAGACCAAGGAUGCCCAAUCGGAGGACACCUUACGUCUUGUGGAGAAACAGAUCCAGCAGAUGGCGGACAACAUGGCGUUGGACAUCGACAAACAGCUUGCAGCCAAGACCAAGGAGCUGCUAGGCUGACUGUGACGAUUAAAAGGUCUUAUUUUGGUUAUAGCUGAACUUCAAAUGGACUCAUGUAAGAGGGGAAAUAUGCCAUUCAUAUCUGGUUAAUAAUACACUCACUAGCAUUGGGGAGAUACAUCACUGCUGGGGGAUAUCUGGGUUUAACCGUCAGUGCACAAACAGAAAUUGGUACGGAUACAACAACGACAGACUGCCGGUCACAUCCCUCCUCCCUUGUUACUCUUCCUGUCUUCAAACAAACACAGACGAGGGACGAAUGGACUUUUAAUGGGAUUUGCGGGCCUCCUCCUAAUCAAACUCUUUGCCACAAGGGCUGUCUGUUUACAUAAAACAAGCGCACCCGUCUGAAUGUAAACUGGUUGCGGCUUUGUCUUGGUGGCAAGAGCGAGAGAAAAGGGGAGAGACGGUUUGUUCCAGAGACGCAGGAUAUGAUUAGCAUGUUGCCAAACAUUUGUUUCACAUUGAUUCAAAGUCGGUUCAAAAAUAAACUUGAGAGAAACAACAACUUUAAUUUCUGCCAUCGUCUAGGAUUGAUAAUACGGCUACUCAACCGACAAUAACGUCAGAAAAGUAACAUUAUUGAUGGGCUCCAUUAAAUAAAAUCUACUUUGUACCAUGUGCGUCAUGUUUCUCUCUUUUGUUUUCUUUUCUUUUUCUCCACUUUUGGUUUGAAGUCGCCCCCUCCUCCAUUAGUCAGAGUGAUAAUGGACUUUUCCUGUGUACAGACCUCCAGACCCUGGCUGCUGGCACCACAAUUGUCCAUUAGGAAAACAAACUUUAAUGUUGUCCACUUGGACCUCUUUGUCCUUUAAAAAGCUGCACUUUUAAAGCCACUUUCAGGAAUUGCCGUUGUUCAAAGUGCAUGGAUAACAAGAAAUGUAUGAAUGAGAAGCCUUCAGCAACACACACGGCUCUGCUUUCAUCCCUCCGCUGUUUACACCAGCUAGAAGCUUUUCCGCACUAUUAUGUGGUCCGUGUCUUCGUCUUUAUCAUGGUUUGUUUUGCUUCCUCUGCUACUGGUCGCAGGCAGCCCACAUGGCAGACAGGUUUAAUUUGAAGAGUUUCCUCACACACUUGCUCUUACAACCACUCGGUGGUUUGUUGAUUACAGUGGGGCUACAUUGCACGCUACUAAUUAAAUCUGAAUCAGAAUGCUGUUUGGUGUCUUUUUAAUGGAUGAAAUAAAUGGAUAAAAUAUGA